CAAAUGGUAAAUACCCAUUAGCUAGGCCAACUGCAGAGUGCCCACUGCCGUGCUGUCCAGAAAUUUCAACAUCCUCAUUCUGUGGCGCGAGGCAGAGAAAAGAUCAAUGGAAGGGGGUUUCAUCAAACACGAAGAUGAGCCAUGGCGAGUCCUUGAAUUCUACAGUGGUAUUGGCGGCAUGAGAUACUCGCUAAUGAAGAGCAAUGUGAAGGCUGAAGUAGUGGAAGCUUUUGACAUAAAUAACAUUGCCAAUGAUGUUUAUGAGUACAGUUUUGGUCACCGUCCUUAUCAGGGUAAUAUUCAGAGUCUGACUGCUGCUGAUCUCGACAGUUAUGGAGCACAUGCAUGGCUUCUUUCGCCUCCUUGUCAACCCUAUACUCGUCAAGGUCUUCAAAAGCACUCUGGUGAUGCUCGGGCUUCUUCUUUUCUCAAGAUUCUUGAACUUAUACCACACACUAAACAACCACCAAAUAUGUUGCUCGUGGAAAAUGUUGUUGGAUUUGAGACCUCUGAUACACACACAAAAAUGGUAGAGAUUUUAGCAAACUCAGAUUUUGUUACACAGGAGUUUAUUUUGAGUCCGUUACAGUUUGGUGUGCCUUACUCCAGGCCACGUUAUUUUUGCUUGGCAAAAAGAAAACCUUUAUCUUUUCAGCACAAAGUCUUCGAUAAUCAGCUUCUUUAUUCUUUAGGCCCAUUACUUGGGCAAAAUGUAAACACAGUCAUAGAUGGAUUUGAUCAAGCACCAGAGAACUGGGAUAAGUUGCUCCAAUCAUGUGAGCCAGUGGAGAAUUUUCUUGAAUUUAAGAACUCUAGUGACCAAGUAAAUGCAGAAACUGAUUUUGUGGCAAUUCCCAAUGUUUCUGGAGAUCUGGAGAACAUUGCUGAUGAAAAUCUUAUUGCAAUGGAACAAUAUUUUGUCCCAUCAUGCUUGAUAGAUAGAUGGGGAAGUGCAAUGGAUAUUGUCUAUUCGGAUUCAAAACGAUGCUGUUGUUUCACAAAGAGUUAUUAUAGAUAUGUGAAAGGGACUGGAUCCCUGUUAGCAACUGUCCAGCCAAAGGAUAAGGGGAAAACAUCUUCAUUGAAGGACCAAGGCCUAAGAUAUUUUACCCCUAGGGAGGUUGCUAAUUUGCAUUCUUUCCCUGAGGAUUUUCAUUUUCCACAGCACAUAAGCCUUAGACAACGUUAUGCGUUGCUGGGAAACAGUUUAAGUAUAGCAGUGGUUGCUCCCUUACUCCGCUACCUAUUCACCCAACCUUUGUGACUUUUGAUUCUAAAAUCACCAUUCUACAGAUGUUUACAUAUCUAUGUUAUAUUCCAUUUUAAAUUUCCUUGGGGGCUAUUAGGUGGUUUCCCCCAGUAUUUUUGGUCAGCAGUGGGAUCACCAAUUUAAAGGGGUGACUUUCAUAUUGUUGCAAUUUAGCCCUUACCCGUCAUCAACCGUUAUGUAGAGGAGAAGCAUUGUCUGUGGGAGAGGAUUGGACACUGAUGUCAUUCGCGUCCAAUAUAUUUGGACUAGGAUUCUGGGUAAUUAGAGACUAAGCAGACCGCUAUUUGUUGUAUCAAUUUUGCAGAUACAAUUGCUAGAAUUCUUAGCAUAAUUUAAAAAAAAAAAAAAAAUCAUUCUAGUGGUUUUUAUGUUGCC